AUGCCCACCAAGAAAUCCAAAGCCAAUGCCACCAAGGGCAAAGUCUCUACGCCCUCUACCUCAACGCAGGCGACGAAAUCUACACCUCCAGCUCCGACUAAAUCCUCUUCAUCCUGGCCACCCCUUCCUUCUCUCUCGACGCUAGAUGAUUUCGGGGUCCAAAACGCGCGUGCCAAGGCCCUCAUUAUGUCGACACUGGUUCCUGGAAGUGAACCGUGGAAGAUCGCGGAACGGCUUGAACUUGCGUCUGACAUCUGGAAAGCUCUGGAAAACAAGUACGUUCCAAUGAAUGGCAGCAAAAGAGCUGGGCUUAGCAAGACGAACAAUGAGACUGGAGAAGAAGGGAACGAUCUGUCUUCGUCGGAUUUCAUCGGCGACUGGGUGGAAGGGAAGCCCAUGGACAAGUAUCUGGAGAUGUACAAAACAAAAAAAAAGGUCAAGGACCGAGAUGAAAAUAGUCGGGUCGGUUUGGCCGCAAGCACCCCUCGUGAAGACAAUUUACAUCGGGCUUCUCCUGUCCCAGAACGAGUCCGCUGCGGAGACAAGCAUGAAAAUCAGAAAGCUGCCCGACCAGGAGCAACUCCCAAAUCUUCUGCGCUAUGGAGAGCCACUCCUGUCAAUCAUGGUUCCUACCUCAGCGAAGGUCAAGCAUGGGCUUUUGCUUCAUACGACGUGGAACGGAAGAAGCAGAUUCAAGUGGCUGCAACCAAGGCGAUGAUGCGGAAGCUUCCGACUCGCGAUCUUCGUUUUCUCUGGGCUAUUCUUUACGGCGGUGAAAAUGCGCCAUGGCCAGGUUCGUGGUCUGUCGUUAUUCCCAAAAUCACCACCGGAUCACCAUCCUUCAGAGUGUGA